AUGAGGACGAAAACCCUGGCUAAAAGGCCUCCUCGUGAGAAAAUUUUCAAGCGUUCCACCAAACCUGCAACUUGCUCCCAAGACCGAACCUUCACACCUUCACCCUCUCCUCCUACCUCUCCUCCUCGCACUACUCCCACGGCCCGAACCAAGACCACACCAAGAUAUCCAGCCUCUGCCAAGCCGACGCCACCACCGAAGGCCACUCCUUUCAAACCAGGCUCCUCAAAACCUGGUUCUGCAAAGCCUAGAUCCUCCAAAGGCAAACGUCCGAUGGCUGAAGAACCUGUUCCCGAACCAACACAACCCAAAUUCAGGUCGGUUCCUGUGCGCUCUCAACGAGGAGGUGGUUCAGUGAAACAGAACAAAGGACCUACUCGAUCUGAAAGGGUGGUCUUAGAUGAUGAAGAUGAUGACUUUGUUCCUGAGGAUUCUUCUUCUCUUUCCACUGAGGGUACAUCUAUCUCUACUGGGAAGAAAUCUGCUCUGCUGAAUGUGGUAAAAGAUGUUGUUCAGGAGUUCGUUUCUCAAUCAAAUCACUUGAUUGCUAUGAGCAAAGAGCAAAGGAAGCUGGCUAGCAAGCAUGAGAAUUUCCUAAAGAAGCCAAGGGAUAGAGUGGCUGUGUUCAUGACUUUCAUUGAUAAUCUUCAAAAGGAUGAAGACCCUGCCACUGAUAUUGAAGAGGAAGCUGACUCGGAGGGGAAUGGUUCUGAUGCCUAG